CCAAGGGUGGUUUGUGUGCAGGGGAACCAGGGGGGUCUCGGGGAAAUUCCAGGGGGUGAAUGGCUGAACUCUGCUUCGUCUUGCCAAUACAAGUUACUUUGCUUGGGCAAUGCGCCACCCGUCGUACACGGUAAGCAACCAAGGUCAAGUGACGGCUGCCAUGAACGAAGCCCAAUGUUGCCAACAGCGCGCAGUGGCGAUACGUAGAUUGAUAGUGUCGGUCGGUUCGGCCGCGCUGACGUGACCAAGGCAUCGUCACAUCUCCAUGUUACGGCGGCAUCGGUGAAAAAGUGCGUCCGAUGGCGCAGUCCAUCAUGCGUCUCGAGGUCUCGCGUUGGCGUUGCCGAAAUCGAAGCGGACGAGGCCACGCAACAAGGCGUUCUCGAUGGCAACUUCUCCGUGGGCUUGGAGAGUUGAUAUUGUCAUCGCGAGUUUCAUUACUCCGCAAUUUCGGGAAGCGGCGAGGCACAACACGACUCGGACACUUCCCCAGGGGUACGUGUGGUAGUCUGCUGUACAACCGAUCAUUCUCACCCUCGAAAGUGUGCUGCGGUGGCCAAAGAAAAGUUGCCUACUCUGACGGCAUGUCAGCGCAACUGGAAUACCUCCAGCUGCACGAUACCUACGUAGCCCGCGAGAAAUGCCCUUGCCAAGUGUCGCUCACGCACGUCCCUCGAGAAAACGUGAGCACCCCAAAAGCACACUGCCCCCGAAAUGGUCUCUCCCUUCCCCAAGGUCGAACGCUGUGGAGCGCUCUGUCUUAACAAUUCGUGCUUGCUUUACACA